UUUUUUACAUAAUCAAUGGAUAGUGAAUUGAAUACAACAUAUAUAACUAUAGAUGCAUUUGAUAAUGUGCACGUAUACAGAUAUGUCUAUUUUGUGAUCAUAUUUACAGCAUAUGCACUAAUAAUCUGCAGUAAUUCUACUAUUGUAUGUCUUAUCUGCAUUCACAAAAACCUCCAUGAGCCCAUGUACAUUUUUAUUGCUGCUUUGUUAACUAACUCUGUAAUUUUCAGCACCCCCAUCCACCCAAAGCUACUGAUUGACCUUUUAUCUGAGAAACCGGUCAUAUCUUAUUCAGCUUGUCUCUUUCAGUUUUUUAUGUUUUACACAUUAGGCAGCACAGAGUUCUUACUGUUGGCAGCCAUGGCUUAUGACAGGUAUGUGUCUAUAUGUAAACCUCUGCAUUAUACAACAAUAAUGACAAAAACAACCAUCAGUGUGGCCUUGGUUUUAGCCUGGCUUCUACCUGCUUGUCAUAUUACUGUUGCGGUAAUCCUUAAUGCUGAUAUGAAACUUUGUGAUUUGACUUUCAAAGGACUUUUUUGUAACAAUUCAGUUUAUAAACUUCACUGUGAGAGUUCACGAGCUCUCUCUAUAUUAGGUGUAGUUACUCUGACCAAUCUUAUACUCUGUCCAGUGAUUUUCAUUCUUUUUACGUACUCAAAAAUACUUUUAAUAUCCUAUCGAAGUUCUGCAGAGGUCAGAAAAAAAGCUGCUCAGACUUGUUUACCCCACCUAAUAGUUUUAAUUGGCAUUGUCAUUUUAAGUUCAUAUGACAUUGUUAUAGCUCGGAUGGAAUCUGACCUUUCAAAAACUGCACGUUUAAUAAUGACUUUGCAAAUAGUUUUGUAUCAUCCUUUGUUUAAUCCAAUUAUAUAUGGACUAAAAAUGAAAGAAAUCCAUAAACACCUUAAGAGGUUAUUCUGUUCAACUAAAAUCAUGUGA